AUGUCGUCUGAGUCUGAGUCGGGCCUCGCUGCUCUGCGUCUCACCUCGUCGUCUAGAGGGAUGACGGCUCUGUGGUGCUCACUCUGGAUGUCCUUCCUCCUGCCUCUCUGCGUCGCUCCGGCCAGACUGCCCACCGCUCAGCCCACAGACUCUGUGUCCAGCGAGACCAGCUUCCUGGAGGACUAUGUUCGGGGCUUGGGGGAGACCCUGGAAAUGUCAUGUGACCUGGAGGACCACUCGGAGCCCGUCGUCUGGUUCAAAGACGGCGCCGGGCUGGUGCCUAGCAACCGGACGCGGCUGGGCCAGAGGAUGUUGCGCAUCAUCAACGUGUCGUACGAGGACUCUGGCGUCUACUCCUGCCGGCUCGCCCACAGCGACACGCUGCUCAGCAACUACACCCUCCGGGUGACAGAUUCUCUCUCGUCUGGUGAUGAUGAAGAUUAUGACGAAGAUCCAGAAGAUGCAGAAGCUCCAUAUUGGACCAGGCCCGACCGGAUGGACAAGAAGCUCCUGGCUGUUCCAGCCGCCAACACCGUCAAGUUCCGCUGCGCCGCGUCCGGAAACCCGACGCCGACCAUCCACUGGCUGAAGAACGGCAAAGAGUUCAAGGGAGAGCAGAGGAUGGGAGGCAUCAAGUUGAGACACCAGCAGUGGAGUCUGGUGAUGGAGAGCGCCGUGCCGUCAGACCGGGGGAACUACACCUGUGUGGUGCAGAACACGUACGGCGCCAUCACCCACACCUACCAGCUGGAUGUACUCGAGCGUUCCCCCCACAGGCCCAUCCUCCAGGCCGGCCUGCCAGCCAAUCAGACGGUGGUGGUGGGCAGCAACGUGGAGUUCCACUGUAAGGUUUACAGCGACGCCCAGCCGCACAUCCAGUGGCUGAAACACAUCGAGGUCAACGGCAGCCGCUACGGCCCCGAUGGCGUUCCCUACGUGAACAUCCUGAAGACCGCUGGUAUUAACACUACAGAUAAGGAGCUAGAGGUUCUCUUCUUGACCAAUGUGUCUUUUGAGGAUGCGGGCGAGUACACUUGUCUGGCAGGGAACUCUAUCGGCUAUGCUUACCACUCUGCCUGGCUGACGGUGUUUCCAGCAGUGAGCCCGGAAAAGGAAGACUACUACGCCGACAUCCUCAUCUACGUGACGGGUUGCGUGCUCUUCAUCCUCGCCGUGGUCAUCGUCAUCCUUUGCCGCAUGAGGAUGACGACGCAGAAGACGCUGCCGACGCCCCCCGUGCAGAAACUGUCAAAGUUCCCGCUCAAGAGACAGCAGGUUUCCUUGGAUUCUAACUCCUCCAUGAACUCCAACACCCCACUGGUCCGGAUCGCCCGCCUGUCGUCCAGCGACGGCCCGAUGCUGGCCAACGUCUCGGAGCUGGAGCUGCCCUCUGACCCCAAAUGGGAGUUUCCUCGAACACGACUGACUCUGGGUAAACCCCUGGGCGAGGGCUGCUUCGGUCAGGUGGUGAUGGCCGAGGCCAUCGGCAUCGACAAGGAGAAGCCCAACAAGCCGCUCGAUGUUGCUGUGAAAAUGCUGAAAGAUGACGCCACGGAUAAAGAUUUGUCAGACCUGGUGUCAGAGAUGGAGAUGAUGAAGAUGAUUGGGAAACACAAAAACAUUAUCAACCUGCUGGGAGCGUGCACUCAGGACGGUCCUCUGUACGUCCUGGUGGAAUACGCCUCUAAGGGGAACCUGAGGGAGUACCUGCGGGCGCGGCGGCCACCAGGCAUGGACUACUCCUUUGACACCUGUAAAAUCCCCGACGAGCAGCUCACCUUCAAAGACCUGGUGUCCUGCGCCUACCAGGUCGCCCGAGGCAUGGAGUACCUCGCCUCGCAGAAGUGUAUCCACAGAGACUUGGCGGCCAGAAACGUCCUCGUGACAGAGGACAACGUUAUGAAGAUCGCCGACUUCGGUCUCGCCAGAGAUGUGCACAAUAUAGACUACUACAAAAAGACCACGAACGGUCGUCUGCCCGUGAAGUGGAUGGCUCCGGAGGCUCUGUUCGACCGGGUCUACACGCACCAGAGCGAUGUGUGGUCCUACGGGGUGUUGUUGUGGGAGAUCUUCACUCUGGGAGGCUCGCCGUACCCGGGAAUCCCAGUAGAAGAACUCUUUAAGCUGCUGAAGGAGGGACAUCGGAUGGACAAACCUGCAAACUGCACCCAUGAACUAUACAUGAUCAUGAGGGAGUGCUGGCACGCGGUGCCGUCACAGAGACCGACCUUCAGACAGCUGGUAGAAGAUCACGACCGGCUUUUAUCAAUGACCUCCACCGACGAGUACCUGGACCUGGCGGUGCCCUUCGAGCAGUACUCGCCCACCUGUCAGGACUCCAACAGCACCUGCUCCUCAGGAGACGACUCGGUGUUCGCCCACGACCCGCUGCCUGACGAGCCCUGUCUUCCCAAACCGCUUCCCAGUAACGGGGCGAUAAGGACAUAAAGUGUGAGCUGGGUUGGACUUUAACCUCGUCUCUAAGUGACUCCUCAAGAUAUGGAAAUGAAAAACUCAGCAUGCAAUACUUCCACAGUGCUUCAGCUCUUCGAUUGGUCUUAAACUCUUGGUCGAAAUCCUCUUUGACUGAGUCCUCCUCCUCCUCCUCCUCCUCCUCCUCCUCCUCCUCCUCCCCAAGAGACUCUUGAAGGAUUAUUUUUUGCCGUUGAACCAUGUUUGUGUUCUGAAAUUAUAUUUUUGUACUCGGGCCAGUCUUUUGUUACGGACAAUCUGUGCGGUGAAACCAUUCCGUGCCUACUGGGAUAAAAAAACCUCCUGAGACUGAAAUGAUAUAAAAGGAGGGCAUGAAGGGCAUUGGUCAGUGACUGGUUGGCGAUCCAGUAGGCGAGGACCUCAGAUUUAUAUCCUCUUCGUCUGCACGGAGCCCUGAGGAUCCGUUACGAUACCAGCAAAGCCAGAAUCAACUCCAUGAUGGGACUCGUUCUUCCGAAAGACACUCAAUAACUUUUCUUUUGCAGAAGACGCUCAACAGAGAGGAUUACGUGAGCAUAUAAAUGUGUUUUUCUCAUGAAUCUUUACGUUUUAGCGUCCGGAAAAAACACGUUUUGUGAUAAUCGUGGAACAAAUUCCUCAUGAAGUGUGAGGCGAAGUUUCAGGGCCGUUCAGUUAUUAGUACAAUAAGGUUUGAGGUUUUUUUUUUAUGUAUCUAGAAAAUGAUUUAUUGUAAAUAUAUAAAUGCAAAUAUGUAUCAUAUUGCUGUUUACAGCCGUGUACUUAAAAGACAAAAAAUUACAUUUUUUUUUUAAGUAUUGUUUUAGGAUGGAAGCAUUGCAAUCUUGAAGACACUGUCAUGAAAGUGUAAAACAUUUAAUCAUCUAAAGGUUUAUUUGAAUAAUUAACGUGUAUAUUUGUAAAGAUAUUUAUAGACUUAACAUGUGGUUCUUAAGUUCGAAAGGUCUAGUUUAGGAUUGUAGUACUGUACGCAAAGAUUUUUAUUUCACUUUCUUUUGUAACUUAUUUCACAACAGAACUGCGGCGCUGUUUUUCAGACUCCUCUGGUUUAUGAUCCAUUUUUAUUUUAUUUUUUUUACAGUUUAGAAAAACAAAAUAAGAAUGUACGACAGACUCCAAGGAGGUUUUUUGCGAGCGAGUGAGAUUCGAGCGCCAGAGGAGGACUCGUGACCUGAAGGCUCCCGCUGAAAGGGAAGCUGGAGGUUUUUCCGUUGAGUUCAAAUUCUUGAUUUGAAAAAGUUGACGUUUGCAAUAUCAAAGCAACGAUUGACUCUUGCUGGGCAAGAAAUAGCAGCACUUGGAGAUAUGUACAGAUACAGAAAGGCCUCUUAGUACGACCGACGUACUUUAAGAACAUCAACGACUAGCUGUGAAUCAUAAUGAGCCUUCAGAGAACCUCUGCAGCCUGUUGAAGGAAGAAUCCUCCUACAUGUGGUUUCACUGUUCAGUCAUUCAAUUCCCGAAUGGACGCAACUUUAGCGAUGACUACAUUUCCCAGCAGCCAUUAGGGCACACGCUUGAACUUGUGGCAUUCAGAAACAUGUGAAAAUGUGUUAGCAAUAUAUUUUUAAGUGAGCGUGACAUCACUUUCCCCAAACUUACUGUGUUCAGCUGCAAUGCAUUAUGGGGCUUUGAGUCCAGUAUAAGUGCAAAAACAGUUCUCUGUUUAACAAACACAUAUGAUGAAUGAUCAUCUCCUUCUGAGCCUUGACACAAACAUCUGACAUUUACCUUUUAAUAUACAGGAAUAACUUAAAUUACAAAAAGAACGCAGAAUUUUAAAGUAUAUCUGGUGUGUUUUUAACAGUGUUAAAGCAUUUCUAGGUGGAUAUUUUCUUUUUAAAGGUCACUCUGAAGGCUUCAAACUCUUAUAUUGUAUCGGAAAGGUCACAGGGUCGAUGCUAACAAGCUGCGUGCGGCGUCAAAGUGCCCUUGAGCAAGAUACUGUGCAUCUGUGUGCACACUCAUAGACUAAAACAUCAGCUUGAAGGCAGAAAUGUAAAGCUGUCCUUUUGUGCUUGAGUUACUAAAAAAACCUGCCCACACGCUUGAGAUUUUAUCGCUGCUCUAUAGUAUUAAUACUGAAAUGAAGGCAUUGCUGUGCGACUUACAAAUCACACAGCAAAGAAAAUGUAUACAGUAUAUAUAUAUAUAUAUAUAUAUCAGUUUGUGGAAGGAGACUCUGAAGUCUGUGAUGGAUCCUUAGCUUAGUUUGCAAAAGUGCCAAAUUAGUCUUAAAAGUCUAUUUCACCGAGUUCAUCAGAUCUCUGAACCAAAUACUGUACUGUGGAAUGUAGGCGGGCGGAGGUUACAUGUGCAGCGAAGGAUCAUGGGAUUGCCAAAUGGAUAUCUCCCCUUUUUUUUAUGCAGUCGUCUCUCCAGCUGACCCCAAAAAAAAAGCGAAAGGGUUUAAAUGUUUACAGUUUUUAGCAAAAAGGGAAAAGCGACAUUCAAGCAGAAUUGAAGGGUUCAGAAACACGAUUCACUCGCUGCUAAAUGGAAACAGUGGUAACACUUUACUGUGCAAUGGCCUUAUUCUAGUGUGUGAACUGAAGUUAUGUGUAGAGACAUUUAUUGUAAUCACCCAACGAGACUGUGUCAGUACUUAAUGAAACCGCCCCCAACAUUUAAAGUACUUAAACGAGUGAAAAUCUGUAUUUAAUUCUAUUGCUACACUGGGAGAUUUUAGUUUUUUAGUACCAAAUUGUGUACUUUUUCAUUAGUUCAUGCACAGAAACAAGGCCUUUGUAUAGUGAAAGGUUACACGCAGUUAUUGUUAUUUCUGUUUCGACUACAGUUUUGCAGUUUUGGCCCAAAUAUAUGAAGUGCCUGGAAUAAUUUAGCGAACAAAAAGGAGAUUAAUUGAUUCAUUUUGAUCACGUUUUGAAUGUAUAAUUGCAAAACAAAUAUAAAAAUGUUUUCCUCAAGUGAACAAGACAGACAAAAAGGCACUUGUGUAAAGGUUGGAUGGAUCUAAUGAAACGCUGUUUUGUUUUAUUUAUUCUUCCAUGCUGGGUAAAAGCUUUCCCUAUGGUGAAAGUAUUUUUAUUCAUCGCUAUCUGCUUUUCAGUGUUGAUUUUCAUUAAAGAGCCAGAACAUGA